AUGGGAAAUAUGAAAUCUAAUGUUAAGAAAAAAAACAAGAUUAGUGAUAAAUUAAGAUUGUUUUUUGGAAUUAGAUUAGAAAAGUAUUAAUAAAUUCAUUUUAAGCUAGUUCAACAAAUUAUCUAUAAAUAUUAUAAGUACAAUUUCAAGUUUCUUAACAUUAAAAGAAUUCAAUAUUAUAUUAUCAGUUUGUUCCACCACAAAUUAAAUUUUUAGUUAAGUGUCUAGUUGCUAUUAAAUCCAUUGUUAGAAGAUAUUAAAUGUGAAAAGCGACAUCAUUAAUUCAAAGAAUUGGAAAUAGUUAUUAAGAUUAUUAUUAUGUACUCCAAUUAAAGGCAUUCCAUAUGAAAAUGCUAUUAAAAGUAUCAGAUUCAAUAUUUAACAACAUCCAACUUUUAUAGAAAAAUAAUUUAAUUACAGCACAUUCUAAAAAAGUAUUCUAUAUUUUGAAAGCAAGUUCCAAAAAAUACAAACAAAAGAAUAUGAAUAAAUAAAAUAAUAUAGCAGUAAUCAUUUCGAAUAAAUACUCAAGUUAAGAUAAGGAUGUGAAGUUCAUAUCUAAAUGCCAUAAUCAUUGAUGAACAUUUAUAAUAUUCAGGAUUAUAUUAAAAUCUAUAAUGUGUAUUUAAACAUGAGAUUUGAUAGUGUAAAUUUGACAUCAUUUUUAGAACUUUGGGAUCGUUAUUGUGGAUGGAUUAGUAUUAUGGAAUGGUCCACCUCUUAAUUAAUUAAUCAAUUCAAUUAAAUCAUAGAUGAAACAUUACAUAAAUAUAACAUUCCAAAAUUUACAUUUCGUCAUUUUAUGACUACUUAAUGGAUAAUUAAUUCAAAUAAAUGUAUCAAAAUAUUAAGAAAAGAAUUUGAACAUCAACUAUUCAAAAGUAGAAUGUAAAAUACUAAAAUCUAAUUAUUAAGAAGAUACAUAUAAUAUUUGAUUGAUAUUAGUACAAAUUAAUCAAAUAUCUAAUAAUAUGGAUAAGCUAAUUUUUAAUAUGAUCCUGAAAUCUAUGUUUUAGCAGAAAUUGCAGUAGAUAUGACAUCUAAUUAACAUUAUUUUAUAGAUGAACAAAUUUUAAUAUAUACUUUUGGUUAGUAUAUCUAUUAAUUUAUCAUUUUCUAAAAUUUGAAUUCUAAAAGAAUAGAAUAAUUUAAAAUUCUUAUAAGUGAACAUAAAGAGGCUAGUAUAAAUUAACAAAUAAAGUAAUAUUAAAAUCCUGAUGAACUCUAAUAGAUGAAUUAAGUAUUAGGAAGAUAUAAUCCAAAAUAAUAAAUUAGAACACUAAUUAAAAUGAUUUCAAGACAGAAAAUUGAAGACAAAGACAAUUAAUCAUAAAAUGAAGUUUAAGAAAGUUUAGAAACCUCAGAAAUUUCAUAAAUAUCAACAACAUGUAGUUCUGUUUUUAUGAGUACUAAGAGUAAUGAUGUUUUAUUAAAUUACAUCUAGAUUUACUAAAAGGAUUUAUACAACCAAAUUGAACAUUUUUAUUAACUUUAAGAGACUAUUAUUGAAUUAUUUUAAGAUGUAGAGUAAUAGUAAUAAUUAUAUGAUGUCCCAGAAUUGGCAGAGUAUAAUGUGAUGAAAUAUGAGACCCUAAUUGAAAGAUUAAAUUAGAUUAAGUAAAGAUAGACCAAAAAAGGUAGCAUAAUGCAAUCACCAGCAUCAAUAUAUGGAAGAACCACGGCUUAAGAAAUUCUUCAAAGAGUUAUCAGUUGA